UGCUUUUGCAAAGGACACACACGCCACAACGAGGACAUCAGAACCGCCGUCGUGCGUUGACGUUGCCCAGUCAGCCAGCCAGCCAGUCACGGUUCAAACAAUAUCGUUCUCCUCUGUUCUUCGCAUUCAGCAUCAACACCAUCAACACCACCAUCAACGUCAUCAACACCAUCAACGCCAUGGUUGUGCAGACGUGGGCGAUUGACAAUGGCUUCCAAGCCCGGGAACUGAUUGAGCAGCUGGCACCAGCCAGUGCACCCGACGCCGCCACUGCAGCCACGACAUUGCAAACCGCCAAGUUUGUGCGCGACGCGCUCACUGGCAGCUCCUUCAGACAGCACCUGUUUCAGAAGGAGGGCCUUGUCCAACACAUUGUUGGCCUGCAUGAGCAGCUGGGUGCAGACGCAUCGCCCGAGCUGCUCGGGUGCUAUGUGUCCAUCCUCACCACGUUGUUUCCCUCGCUGCAGCCUGAGGUGCAGGACCAGGCAGCGCAGCCUCUGCUGGAAAUGGCGUUUCGGCUGCACAACAUCAGCGACGGCAGCCACGCGCUCGCCUGCAUCGUACUCAAGUGCUUCACCACGCUGUUGCGGGAUAGUGACACGGACAUUCCGCCAGAGGCUUGGCAAGUGGAGCGCCUGAUGCCCUUCCUCGAGACCCACCUCAUGACGGGCCCGGGCUCUCGCACCGUGAUUGCUGCCUGUGCCGUUGUUGUUGAGCUGGCAAAGAAGCCCUGGGCCCGGGAAAACCCGAUGCUACUGUCACCGCUGCUGCGUGCGCUGACCACCGCCCUUGCGGCUCCGCACAUGGACCCCGUGCACCUGCUGGACGCGGCCAGGGCGCUGCUGACGAUUGAUUCCGCAGCCAACAUCUUUGCGCAAACCAUGGUUCUUCCCUCCCUUGUUUCUUCCGUCCAACAGUUUGUACACAGCACACACCCGCACGUCCGAAUGGCCGCCAUCGCUUGCCUGUUGGCAUACCCAGACGCCGUGGAGGAAGCAUUCAUCAAACAGGAGAUUUUGCCGCGGCUGUGCAGUCUUGUGCGAAAGGAAGUGGCGGUGGCGACGCGCACGGCAGCAGCGUCGUUCCUCGGCGAUCUGCUCAACAAGGAGGAGCAUCAGGCGCUAGCGGCAGAUAUGAAGUACCUGGCCGCCGUUGCAGAUGUCCUCAAGCCUGCAGAUGAAGCCGACCUGCCCCCACAGCUCAUCAAGGGCAGCCUGAUGAUCCUCGCUGCCACGUGCGGGCUGUCGGAGGCCGCCUGCUCCAAGGCGCUCGACAAAGGCUAUGCCACCUCCCUCACCACCUUCCUCACCUCCACAAACGCGGCUGUGCGACUUGCCGCCGCCACCGCCACCAAGUGCAUCACCCGCUGCGUGCGGGCGGUCAAGUCUGAGCUGAUGAACACAUCGCUGCUGCCUACGGUGUGCAAGUUGCUCAGCGACCCCGACUGCCCGACCCGUCGCCAGGCUGUCGCCGCCUUCUCAAACCUCUGCGUCAGCUCAGCCAUCUCCCCACUACAGACGGUGGAGGCCGCCACGUGGACGACGUUGAAGCAUCUGCUGCAUGAGGAUGAUGAGGACACUCGAUAUGCCGCCUUCCUCGCAGCACAGAACUUGUUCAAGACGGUUGAGAGCUCGAAGAUGGAUGUUGCGUGCCGUGUGCUGCAAGAGCUCGACAUCAACCACCUCCUCCACUCGUACCAUCACGACCCGAGCGUGAACGUGCGAACCGCAGCUGCAGGAAUCUUCCGGAACCUCGCGUGCCACAUCCGCCUCGUAAAGGAGGUGAGCGAUGUGGUGGAAGGACACGCGAACCUCGUCAAGGAGUUUGUUAAUCCGCUCUUUGAAUCUGUUGAUCCAGCUAUUGUCACAGAGGCGGUGUAUACGCUGUGCAAUCUCACGCGCACGGAUGGGGCGUAUGCAGCUGUUCUCUGCACGAAAUACCCAGAAGCCAUCGGGGAACUGAUCCAGCGGCUGCACCGCGCCGAUUACGAGAACGCGCACCUUCUCCAACUCGCUGCUGCCCGCGCACUGGCCAACCUCGUCAACCACCACAAGCAGAGAGGCACGCUUGCUGGUUUCGUUGGGCAAUUUGAUUUGCAAACUGCACUUGACGCAUAUUCGUUUGGAGAGCCGGAAGUGCAUCGGCAAGUGGAACUCCUCAAGGCGCGGCUGGCCGAGCCGUAAACGGUGCAUGUGUACACAUACGAGUGAGCACCACGCACGUUUUUUGUUCCUCUACACGCGUGAGCAGGACACGAGUUACAUGCCACACCACAUUCUCGAGCACACUUUGACACGAUGUGACACCUACGAGCAAAAGAGCAAAAGUCGGUUGUGCUGCGUCACCAUCAUCACCGCCCCCCCCCCUCCUCCUUCUCCUUGUUACCAACAGCCCCUUGUUCUUCCCUGACUGUGGCGGGGGCCUGAGAAUGUGGUGUUGUAGUUGUGGUGGUUGUUGUUUCUGUUUGGGAGUUGUUGUGUCAUUCAUGUGUUUGUUGUCUCAUGCUGUGGUUGUUUGUCUGACUUUCGUGAACAACGCCCCCCCCCCCCUUCUCCAUCCCUGUGCGGACCCACAGCACCACCACCGUGUUUACGUUUCAUGUGCACUUUCUCCCCUACAACGGACGCGCAUGCCAUGCACACAAAUUAUUUGAUCUCUACAUUCAACAUGAGCGUGUGUUUUCGCUUACAUCUGUAAUUUUUUUUCGUUCGCGAAGUCUGGCCCUUGCUUGCAUGCCAAGCACAUUCAAGCACAACGUCACACGCCCCACCCCCUCCCUGGUCUCUGUCACAACUAGAAUAGACAACAAGGCGGCCACCAAAAGUUGACAUUGCACACACAUGCACAUGUGC